CAGUCUACUUCCGACCGGCGUCGCGCGCGCAUUAAGUUCGCGUUACUACUCUUUCAUUCUUCCACGUUUCAUACAAACUGUUAUUGAAUACUUGAUACCAUUUAUUGUGAGGCAGAUGUGUUAACAUGAAGAUUUGGAUUUUAUUUUUGUGUGCACUCGUCGUUGGGGCUUCAGCCCAGAGCGAUGAGUCUGCUGGUGAUUGGGAUGAUGACUGGAAAGAGUAUGAUGACGAGUGGUUCAAAACAAGACUCGCACAACUUGGCAUUUACAAUGAUGAACAAAAAGGCUCUGCAGAAGGUAGCGACUUUGACGCUAGUGUCGCUAUCGAAAGAGAACAUGAUGAAAUCGAUAAAAUAGUGCAAGAAGACAUAAAAAAAUAUCAAAAGUUAGAAGACGAAGCAGAAGAUGAUGGUAAAAUAAAUGAUUAUCAGUUCGAAGACAAUAGGUCUGAGCAAAGCAAAGAACUUAGCGAUGAUGCUAACCCGAUCCGUGAUAGUGAUGAUGAUCAAUAUGUUAAAAGUCAUUUAGAAAGGGAAAAUGACUAUGAAGACAAAGCUGAGCCAAUUCAUGAUAACGGUGAUGCAAAAGAUCAAGAUUUUAACAGCAAUUUAGAAAGAGAAAAUGAUAACAAAAGCAUAGCUGAGCUAAUAAGUGAGAUUGAUGAUGAAAAUGAUGAAGAUGUUAGUCAUUCAAAAAGUGAAAAUGACUAUGAUGACUAUGCUUUAUAUGGUGGUGAUGAUUUAGAAGCAAAUCUUUCAGAUAAUGAAGACUUGCAAAUACCAGAACCGAAAUAUUCUAAAGAUGACAACAUUAUUCCUCUUCCACCUCCCGAAUCAAUUGAAGAAAUCAACCGAAUCAUGGAAGAAGCAAAAACUAUUAUUAAACAAGAAGAAGAAAAACCGAACAAUUUUGCUGUCGAUGGUAAAAUUGUUAAAGUAAAUAGCAACGAGUUAAAUAAUAUAAUAAGAGAAACCAACGCUAUUUUGGAGGAAAGCCAAAGACCUAAUGAUUUUGCUGAAAAUGAAACAAAAGAAAAAAAUCUUGACUUCGUUGGUGAUGAUGAAGAUGAUACGGUUGAUAAAGUCUAUGAAGACUUGAAUGAAGACUUAGACAAGUUAUUUGAAACAUUUGAUAAACUUACCAAAAGCGACAGCAAGGAAGAUGAGAAACCUAAAGCCGCUGAUGUUGAUUACGCAGUAAAUUCCGAUGAAAAAUUAGACGAUAAGUCUGAUUAUGAAAACAUUUUUGACAGCAACUUAUCUGAUUUAUUUGAACAACACAGCGCAGAUGAUACUCUAGCUAAAAUAGAAGCUAAAGGUAGUGAAAAUGAUGAUGAUGAAUCGAUUAAAUUUGCAGCGGAACAAAAAAAAUCUGAAGAACUUUUCAUGGAAGACGUCCCAUAUAUCAACGAUGCUUUACUAUCUGAUGACAAAAAUGACGAAAAACCAAAUAAAUCUGUUAAUGUCGAUGAACUAUCAGACGAUCAGCUUGUAAAAUUGAUGAAAGAUUUUGAGAUCCAACACAGCGACGUAUUCGACGUGGACGCUCUUUCAGAUGACCAUGUUGUCAAUGAAAUCACUUUAGAAUAUGGCGAAACUAAGGUUAUCACAUCAGAAAAUUAUCCCGCAGGAUACCCUACCAACAGAGUUGUGGAUUGGAUUGUCACUGGCAAGGGACAGGGCAUCGAAUUGAAUGUGACUGACUUAGCUGUGAAUAGUGCCUUAGGGGACUACCUCAUGGUAAAACCAGGUCAAGUAGACGACAGCGGUGCUGAAGGCAUCAUCUUCUCGUAUCACCUGAACGAGCCACGCGCCUACCGCUUCUUGGACGUGGACAGGAUUUUCAUCCGCUUUGAUUCCAAGCUGGGAAUCAGCUGGAUGCGAGGAUUUAGCCUUACUCUAAAAGUAAUAGCUCCUCCGGCCACGGAGCCAGAGCCCGAGCCGGAGCCGGAGCCCCUGCUCCCCGAGCCCCAGCACACCCUGACGGUGCUGCUGGGCGGCUUGACCCUCGCCGAGUUCGAGCACGUCAGCGACCAGUUCCGCCAACUGGUGGCCGACAUGGCUACCAUGUACAUCAACGCGAACGGCGUUGAACCUGGCUUGAAUACCACUUCAGAGAUCACCCAGUUAAUCUCAGCUUCGAUCUGCAACGUGGCAUGGCCUGGCUACGAGCAGUGCUCGCAGGUGCGGUUCGCCGUGCCGCUCGUGUACGGAGACGAGGAGGAUGGGGCCCGGCUCAACAGCACCGACCUGCAGGCCAUGUGGGAGACGUACGCGGGCGUGGAUCCCUUCGCAGCCAGGUUCAGGCAGAUGGGUAUUGAGGAGUUCUCAGUGCCUAACGACGGUGGUGUGCUAACGGUGUGGGUGGUGGUCGCGCUGGGCGUGGUCAUCUCGGCUGCCAUGCUGGCGUUCGCGCUCUGGCGGUACAGCUGCUUAGAGGACUACACGAGGAUGCCCGCACACAGCGACACAGACAGCCUUUACGAGAAACGCAGCUCGGGUCUCUACCCCACGCCCCACCAGAUGCUGCCGCCGCUGUACGCCGAGAAAGACUACGAUUCCGCGAGAGUGGACAUGGGUGGGUACACUAACCGCAGUUACGCGCGUACCGACAUGUACGAUCUGGACUCCGACGAGGACGCCAUGCCGCGCGACAGGUACACCACAGACGUGUAGCCGAAUAACCACUAAUAGUUACUAAUGCUUGCAUAAAAACUGAAAUGCCGGCAUCCAACCAAGGGACAUCUUCAGUGUAUGAAUCCCCUCAAAGUGGUAGAUAGAUAAUCCAAGAGAUUAUAAAGUGUUGAUUUGUGAUUUUACAUUAAUUACCCGUACAAAUGUAACCAAAAAAUACAAAUAUAAUUUUAACAAAUGUGUACCUAUGCUUUUCAUUGGUUACAUUUAUACGUGACAUAAUAUAUAUUAAUAGCGAUAUUAAAAUAUAAAUAAUAUAUUAAUCGUUAUACUUUAUAACAGUAAAACUUUAGGAAAAUAGAAUUUAAGUGACCUACUGUUGUUGUGAUUUUUUUUUUGGCAUUCUGUUACAAGAUUUUUAGAUAAGUAUUUUCUUUUUCUUACAAAUAAAUUUUGAAAUGUUUUUUUA